GAAAUCCCAUCAUCCUAUAUGGCAUUGUUUCCUCACCUGCUUCAGCCAGUGCUGUGGGAAAGGACAGGAAACAUUCCCCCCCUGGUCAGGCUGCUGCAGGCUUACCUGGAGCGAGGAGCCAGCACCAUUGCCAGCGCGGCCGCCGACAAAAUCCCUGGAUUGUUAGGUGUGUUCCAGAAGCUGAUUGCCUCUAAAGCUAACGAUCACCAAGGGUUCUAUCUUCUAAACAGUAUCAUAGAGCACAUGCCCCCGGAAUCAGUUGACCAGUACAGGAAACAAAUCUUCAUUCUGCUCUUCCAAAGACUUCAAAAUUCCAAAACAACCAAGUUUAUUAAAAGUUUCCUGGUCUUCAUUAACUUGUACUGCAUCAAGUAUGGGGCGUUAGCUCUGCAGGAGAUAUUUGACAGCAUACAGCCAAAGAUGUUUGGAAUGGUUUUGGAGAAAAUUAUAAUUCCUGAUAUCCAGAAAGUGUCUGGACAAGUGGAAAAGAAAAUCUGUGCUGUUGGCAUUACAAAAAUACUAACCGAAUGUCCUCCCAUGAUGGACACUGAGUACACCAAGCUGUGGACUCCUCUGCUGCAGGCCCUCAUUGGCCUCUUUGAGUUGCCUGAGGAUGACACGAUCCCUGACGAGGAGCACUUCAUUGACAUCGAGGAUACUCCUGGCUAUCAGACUGCAUUCUCUCAACUAGCCUUUGCUGGGAAGAAGGAACACGAUCCAGUAGGUCAGAUGGUUAACAACCCUAGAAUCCACCUGGCACAGUCCCUCCACAAGCUGUCUACAGCAUGCCCAGGCAGGGUCCCCUCCAUGCUGAGCACCAGCCUGAACGCAGAAGCGCUGCAGUAUCUCCAGGGAUACCUCCAAGCUGCCAGUGUGACUCUGCUCUGAACUGCAGAUCCUCCACAGAGAUCAAACCUGGUUUGUUACACACUGACUUGUUUGUAGCAGAGCUCAGACAAAGUGAAAAAUGCUGCUUGAAAUCGUGUUGCAGAUUCCAUCUUGUAAGAGAUCAGUGUGGUUUUGAGCCGAAGCUGAAAGAAUUUGGUGGUGUGUGUACUCAUAGCUAAAGGUGGCUACCUUCCAUUCCCAGUUUAAUUCCAAAGGGAAUAGUCAUAGCAGUUUGGUAUGGGAUUUAUUUGAAACCUGCAGUGUUUGGAUCACAUUUGAAAUGUAUGGAGAGCACUGGCUGUAGAAACUCACUUCAGUCACUAAAGUUCCUUUUCAUUUUGAUGUUGUCCUUUGUAUUUCUUUUGUCUUUCCUUAAACUCAAUCUAAAUUGUGAAUAAA